AUGAUACAAGUUAUAUAUAUAAUUGAAGAUUUCAAGCAACAUUUUGCAAAAACUUUUCGUUAUGACAUUGUUAACAAGUUAUUAACAAAAAAUAUUGGCUAAUUACGGAGCAAGUAAACUAGUUGAGCCACAAUGAUAGUAUUGGUUAUGUGCAUCAGUCUAAAUACAAACAAGUUGAAGUAGCAUGAAUAAAAAAACUGUUAAUGAGUACAAUCAUAACCAAUGUUUCAUGGGCCAAAGAUCAGCAAUUUUACACAGAAAAUCAACAACUAUUGUUAAAUGGCAAUAUAAAAUCAAUACUAAAGAAAAAUAAUGAACAAUUACUACAAACAAAAUAUAGAGAUCGAAUACAAUUUCAAAUAGAAGGUUACGAUGGACCACAAACAUAUAUUUUUGGAUUUGAUACUGGAUACGGAAACAAUAGACAAUAUAGAUUGGAAGAAAAACAUCGUAAUGGUACAAUAAAAGGACAAUAUGGUUAUUAUGAUGCGAAAGGAAAAUUAAAGAAAAUUCAAUAUUUAGCUACACCUAUUAAAGGAUAUACUGAAACACAUCAUGAAAGUAAUAUACAAAAGAGAAAAAAUUAAGAAAUCAUUCAUUCUUUUCAAUUACAUAAUACUUCAAGAUCUUAAAUUUUAUACAUUUUAUAAUAUAAAUA